AUGCAGAUUUUUGUAAUCGGCGGUAGUGGUAGGACUGGUAAGAUGGUCAUCGAAGAGGCAUUGCUUCGGGGGCAUGAUGUGAUAGCCCUGGUUCGAGAACCUUCUUCAAUAGAGGCUAGGGAAGGCUUAAAGCUUGUCAAAGGUACCCCACUCAAUAAAGCCGACAUCACAGCUGCAUUCGAAGCAAGUACCAAAACCCCAUCCGUCGUUCUUGUUACCUUGAGCGCUCCUCGUCGAUCCGAUAGCCCUUUCUCUCCAUCGAUCUCCCCCCCAAGACUUAUGGCAGAUUCAAAUGCCAAUAUAAUAUCUGUCAUGAAAGAUUUUGAUGUGGGCAAGAUUGUAGUGAUGCAGGCUUUUGGUGUUGGGGAUAGCUGGCCGCAUAUGCACUUCUUACUUCGGAUGUUGAUGAAGAAGUCAAACCUGUACAUGCAAUACGAUGACCACAACUUAGUGGAUAAAGAGGUGAAAGCUAGUGGCAUGAAUUAUGUUUUAGCUCGACCUGCAAGACUAGAGGAGGGAGAAGUAAAGACGGUCAAGGUAUUUGGGAACAGGGGCAAAGGAAUACCCAUGAUGGCCAGUAUCACUCGAGAAAGUGUAGCCAAUUGGCUUGUCGAUGCUGCAGAGCGAAAAACGUGGGAUUCACAAACUCCAGUGUUAACAAAUUAG